AUGUUUCGCCGUCUCUUUGGUAGAGGGGAGGCGCAGGAGCGGCCGCGCGAGGGCAAGCCGGCGGGCGCCCCCGGCUCCGUCUCCCAGACGCUGGAGAAGCUCGACUCCGCCUUCGAGCUGCUGGAGAAGCGGGAGGGGGUGCUGGAGAAGAAGAUGGAGGCGGAGCUGGCCAGGGCAAAGCAGUACUACGCAAAGAAGAACACGCAGGCGGCGAUGCAGUGCAUGAAACGCAAAAAGGCGUUCGAGGAGCAGCUGACGAACAUCGCCGCGCAGAAGCAGAACCUGGAGACGCUCAAGUUCACGCUGCAGAACCAGAACAUGAACAACGAGCUGCUGGAUGUGCAGCAGCGCGUGAAGCAGGAGCUGCGGGAGCGCAACAAGAAGAUGGACGCCGACCGCGUAGAGGACAACAUGGAGGAGCUGCAGGAGGAGAUGGAGAAGGCCAACGCCGUCGCCGAGGCGCUGCGGCAGCCGCUCGACAACCAGCCGCUCGACGAGGAGGAGCUCAUGAAGGAGUUCAUGGCGGAGCUGCACACCUCCGCCGCCCUGGAGGGGGCCGAGGCGGCGCCGGAGAAGAAGGAGUCCUCGCCCGCGCUGCCCGCGAUGCCGAGCGUGCCCGCCAGCAAGCUGCCCAGCGCCAAGACGCGGCAGGAGGAGGAGGAGGAGGAGGCGCUGCGGGCCCUCGAGGCGGAGCUGCAGUCGUAG